AUCGUUGAGACAUAUAAAACUCGACUUAAAGGAAAAACGUGUAUAAAUUCCGAAAAACAAAUACGCAAUUUAUUUGACUUAAUAUGUGCGCGCCACGUAUUUUGAAAUUCGAUACCGGAAGUGGCCAAAGCGAUUCAGUUUAUGUUGACGUCUUUUUAUUUCAAAAUGCGUGGAUUCAGUGCUGGUGGAUCGAUGAGGUCGUUGUCGUAGUAGUCGGGAAAGUUAAUGUCACCGGCGUCGUGAGGGUGAUGCCCACCUGUGCGCCCCCCAACAGGAUGUUGCUUGAAAUACUUGUGGGCUUCCUGUGCGGCGUUUCCGCCACAGAAAAAGACAUGGUUCCCCCUCUGCCGCUGUUGCUGGUGUCCUUUGACGGCUUCCGAGCUGACUACUUGAACCGGUUCCCCAUGCAGAACCUCAAACUCCUAUACAGUGAGGGCGUCUUGGUGGAGGAGCUCACGAACGUCUUCAUCACCAAGACUUUUCCCAACCACUACAGCUUAGUUACAGGGCUGUUCGCAGAGUCCCACGGCAUUUUGGCCUCCAAUAUGUUCGACCCCAUCAGCCACAAGCACUUUAACAUCAAGAAUGACACCGACCCGGCGUGGUGGAGCGAGGCGGAGCCCCUUUGGCUCACCGCUCUCGACUCCGGCUACAAGACGGCGGCUGUUAUGUGGCCCGGCUCUGAUGUGCUGAUCGGCAACCGCACGGCCACACACUUCUUCCCAUACAACUCUGAUAUAACCUUCCAGGAACGAUUGGGGAACGUGACAAGCUGGAUGUUGGGAAACGGAACGGAGCCAGGAGUGAUGUUUACAGCUCUUUACUGGGAGGAACCGGACCGAUCGGGUCACUUUUUUGGGCCUGACAACACCACGGCAAUGGCUAAAGUGUUGAAGGAGGUUGACGAUAACAUCGGCCUGCUGGUGUCAGAGCUGAAGCGAACCGGCCUCUGGGGACACGUGAACCUCAUAAUAACCAGCGACCACGGCAUGGCUCAAUGCUCCAACGACCGCCUCAUCCGUUUGGACGACUGCCUCCACCCCGACAACUACACACUGGUGGACCUCACACCUGUGGCAGCCCUCAUUCCAAAUGGAGAUCCAGAGGCUGUGUUCGAUCUACUGAAGAAGUGCCACCCCCACAUGACUGCAUACUUGAAAAAGGCCAUUCCUGAUAGGCUACACUACCGGAACAAUGAGCGCAUCCAACCGCUUCUACUGAUUGCAGAUGAGGGUUGGACCAUAGUGCAGCGCGGGAACAAGCUGCCGCGAAUGGGUGAUCAUGGCUACGACAACUCCCUACACAGCAUGCACCCCUUUCUGGCAGCAGUGGGGCCGAGUUUCCAUAAGGGUGUCCAGAUGAAAAGUUUACAGAGCGUGGACGUUUACCCGCUAAUGUGCAGCCUGUUGUCUGUGCCCCCGGGACCAAACAACGGCUCGCUAAACCAUUCCCGGUGCCUGCUGGCCCAUGAGAGCUGCUGGACUCUCUCCCAAGCGAUUGUCCUGGUGGUGGGCGUCCUGCUGGUACUCACUCUGAUCACUGCUCUGUUCCCUCUGAUGAGCUCCGACCUCUCCUCGCUCCAGCGGCGGUUUCAGAGGCUGCACUCGUGCAACAACGAUGAUGACGACGACUCUUUGUUGGAGUAAACCUUGUGUUGCCCACAGCGAUGGGUAAUUCACGCACCUUGCAGCCUUCUUUGUUGACUGGAUCGUGCACGGAAACGCUGCAGGUCCAAGCCUCAGGUCUGCUUCCUUUCUACAACAAAAACAGGUGUUAUCCUGGAAGAUGCUAUUUUUGUUGAUGUUACCACUGAAAGGGUUGUUUUUUUGGGUUUCUUUUUGACUGGUGUUGCUUUUUGUGGAAUCUUUCUUUUGUGUCAGUAGAGGGAGCCAACAGCCUAUUGAAGUCCUGCACAUCCUGAUAGCUUUUGGAUUCUCAUCAAUGUAUUUCUGCAGCUGUGCAGCUACAGGAUUUAUUUUUCUAAUGGCUAGAGGGACUCAACCAAAACCCGAAAUCUGAGUUUUUAGCAAUAUUUGUUGGUUAAAUAAAAAAAAAAAUCAAGUUAUCAGGCUUCACAGGUGUUGAUUUAGACAUGAACUUCCUGCCGUUGAGGCUGUGUUUGUACCCCAAUGCUUACAGAGAUUACCGGUACCUCGACUGUGAUGAAUGUUUUUACUUUGAUUUUACCAAAUCUUAGUGGAUGCCUAAGAUAACUUCAAAAAGGAAAUUUUAUACUAAAUAUUGACACUUUUUAAGCACUUUUCUGCAUUUGUUUGAUAUCAGUGUUCAGAUUGUGGAUCCAGAACGUCAGUUUUUUACAUUUUCUCAUAAUCAGGUAAAUACGUGGGGUUUAAGACGUCAUCAGUGAACUUACUACUUUGAUUGUCUGUUUCUUUCAAAUGUGUCUAAGGCGUUUUCCUCCUAACCUGCUGGUUUAAAAAAAAAAAUCCCUUUGGUGCGUCUCACUUACCUCCUAAAAAUGGAUAAGACGUUCCGUCCAACGGUAACCUGCUGGUCUUUAAGUCCCGGACGUCUUUGAGCUGCUAAAUAAUCCAAAAUGAAAUUGGUUUUUUUCACAAGCAAACAUAAAAAUACAUCAAAGACAGGUUUUAUUUUCACAUAAAAGUAAUUCCUUGUUGGUUUUUAAUCUGGUCAUUGGAAAUGUUGACAGCAUUAUCAGUAGUUGUUGGAUAUUACCAAAAGUCUUGGAUCGUACUUUUGUAGGCAUUUUUAAAGCCUUAAAGGUCUUUUCUUCUCUUCAUUUUUUAAUGUUUUGCUUCUUUUUUGUGCUAAAAAGAAGUAAAUUCUCCUGAAUACAACUUAAAGGUCAUGGAUUUCCAAAAAAAACGUGAAUCCCAUUUAGUUGUAGUGUGAAGAACAAGAAGCUUCUUUGGCUUUUUCUCCAAAGUUUGAUCAAGUUUUUAUCGACUAUAGAGUAAACUUUUGAAUCACCCACCAUAUUGGCUCGACCCAGAUCGCUGUUGACAUUUACUUUACAAACAUUUUCUGUUCUCUUUUCCUCUCUAGCGCCUGUGAGGUGUGAAAAUGUCCAGGCUUUCCUAAAUCCAGCUUUCUCACCAUCAUUACCGGUCACUACAAGCACCUUUGGUUUGGUCCAGACUGAAGAAGUCAGUCACUAUGUGAAGACUAUGCUUUAUGUUGAUUCUGAUGCAAAACUGUCCUCAUGUCUUUGUACUUAAAUUAAAGCAGCUUUAUUUAUGUUUUGUCCUUAAAGUUGCUGUUUUUUUCUCUUUAGAAUGUGUCAGGACCAUGCAAACACAUUUUCGGGGCUGAUUUCAUGUCUUUACUAAAAUGUUUGAAAACUGUGAAUAAAAGUAAAUUUCUG